GCGGGGUGUCUAGAAUCCUGGGCCAAACUCCAAGAUGUCGGAGAAGGCGCCUGGGGAGAGUGAAAGCGUCCCGCGGGCCGGCGCGGUGACCGUCAGCGACGUCCAGGAGCUGAUGCGGCGCAAGGAGGAGAUCGAGGCCCAGAUCAAGGCGAAUUAUGACCUUCUGGAGAGCCAAAAAGGAGUCGGGAUGAGCGAGCCCCUGGUGGACUGCGAAGAUUACCCCCGGUCAGACGUGGACCUGUAUCAGGUCCGAACCGCAAGGCACAACAUUGUCUGCCUACAGAAUGACCACAAGGCGUUGAUGAAGCAGGUGGAGGAGGCCUUGCACCAGCUGCACGCAAGGGAUAAGGAGAAGCAGGCUCGGGACCUGGCGGAGGCCCAGAGCGAGGCCCUGAGCCAGAGCCCAGACCUGAGCCGGAGCCCGAGCGAGAGUCCCUGCCCCACGCAGGCCUUUGCCAAGGUCAACAGCAUCAGCCCCGGCUCCCCCGCCUGCCUCGCAGGUCUGCAGCUGGAGGACACGAUCGUGGAGUUCGGCUCUGUCAACGCCCAGAACUUCCAGUCCCUGCAGAACGUGGCCAAUGUGGUCCAGCACAGUGAGGGGAAGCCGCUGAAUGUGACAGUGAUCCGGAGAGGGGAGCGGCAUGAGCUUAGGCUUGUCCCAACACGCUGGGCGGGCAAAGGACUGCUGGGCUGCAACAUUCUUCCUUUGCAGAGAUGAUCCUCUGGGGGAACAGAAGCAGGGAAGCCUCUCCCCAUGCAGGGACUUCCUCGCUGGGACGCUUACGGAGCUGGAGGUGGCCAACAGCCUGGUGCCGGGGUGGUAGGAAGGCUGUGGCCUCAAGAUGGUCCCGUCUGCAUGAAGGCCUUGUCCAAACCCGACCGGUGCCUCUCGGCUUAGAAACCACGCUACUGCCCUAAGUGGGCAAGGGGGCAGGGACUGUUCUGACAGGGGCUAUAUGGCUUUCUUCUUGUUGAAAAAUCUUUCAUUUCCCCCCAAAUAAAUGCAGUUUUACAGUGUGCUGACAUGA